ACCGCUUAGAAAAGUUCCUUUAACCAAAAUUGACUUAGUUGUCGAUCAUCCGCCGACGUCACUCCGCAGGCGGCAUCAAAAAAGUUCUCGUGCGCAGUCGGUUCCCUUGCUUUAAUUUACAGGUCACUUAAGUGCGCAACCAUGGCCACUGUGAGUCUCAUGGACCGGCCUGUUGAGCUGAGGCAUGAUUCCGACGAAGAAGUCGCAGGCGAAGUAUCCGAGGAAUACGGCAUUGACCAAGAACAAUCGCAAACAGAUGGGUCAGACGAGAGCGACCUAGAGAAUCAAGAACAGUCCGAUGAAUCUUCCUCCGAGCAAGAGAAAGCCCUGCCUCUGCAAGACAUCAGCUUCGGCGUCCUCGCAAAAGCGCAAGAGACGUUCAACCCGAACCCACGGAAACGAAAACUGUCAGACAGUCUUGAAGAAUCAGCACCCGCUUCUGCUGCGCCUACCGCGGAGGAUACGUUUGACACCCGGAAAAGAUCAAAAGAAUCUCGCGUUGACGCCCCUAAACGGUCGUCGAAACAUGCGCCGACCAUCGAGUCCGCUCGAAAACCAGUCUCACGAAAGAGAACCAUUUUCGAACCUCCAGCGGCGCAAAAAUUUCGCGACCCGCGCUUUGAUCCCACUAUCAUGUCCUCCACUCGUGACAGGAAUGCAACAUCCAAAGCCGACAAGAAUUAUUCGUUUCUUACCGAGUAUCAAGCCGCCGAGAUCCUAGAUUUAAAGUCGCAAAUCAAGAAGGCCAAAGAACCCCAUAUUCUAGCUGAUUUGAAGCGGCAAGUCAUGUCAAUGGAGGCCAAGGUGCGCAAUGCGCAAGCUCGACAAAAAGAGGAAGAGAUAAGGAAACGUCACAAGGAGGAAGAGAAGGAAGCUAUCCGUACUGGCCAGAAAGCAAAGCCUUACUACCUCAAAGAGGCGGAUGUCAGGAAGAAGGUCAAGGAAGAGAGGCUACAAAGUAUGAGCAAGGGGGCUCGCGACAAAGCCGACAAGAGGAGACAGAAAAGAGAGAAGGGUAAAGAGGCUAGGGAUAUGCCUAGGGUGCGACGCGAAAGAUGACCCCAGACACACAGCAGAGAGG